AUGAUGUUUCGACUCUUUCCUGUGUUCGUGGCGGCGAUGCUGUUCUUUCCCUUGGCUUUCGCAGCUGUCGCGGCUGUCGCAGCCAACAACAGUCUCAACGUCUCUGUCAACGUCUACAAUGUGUCCGAUCCCGACCUCGUGCAGAUUGCGUACAGCGCUCUCCCAGAUGAGGGCCGGAUGCCGAGAAAAUGGCAAGGCGAGGCAACCAUCGAGGUCUACAUGGGGUCGGACUUUGUCAACAACGUUGGCUACGUGACCGGCUCAAAACUCUAUCACGUCAUUCAACAGAGUCUCAGGAAAGACUGCCCGCAUCGGUUUUUUAUCUUUCCGAAGCACAAAUGCGCGGGCAAUUGGUGGUCCUUUCCAACUCGGUAUCGAGAAGACUCCGGCAAAGUCACUGGCACCACCAACCAGAUUCACGUUGUUCACUCAUACUUCGAGAACGAACAGAUCCGUAAUCUGUUGAUCGGAUCUCUUGCUGCCGCUUACGAAGCCUCCACCACCCUAGACCGUAAUUGUUACUACGCUCGGGAUGAGGAAGCUGGUAACCGCUAUUGCAACGUCCCUCUGAAAGUCGGCGCAUACACGGAAGAUAGUCACAUCUAUAUGGAGCUAACUUCCGACAUCUUGAACGAUAACGAUGGUCUCUGGAAAUGUUGUGAGACUAGGGACUUUGUGGACGCGAGAUUGGAUGAGCUUAUGGGCGAGUUCAAGAGCGUCUACCCCACUCCGCGAGGCAGAAACAGGUUUGUUGCCUGCCAUCUUGGAUGCAGGGAAGAUCAACGAGAGUGGAACGUUGAUGUAGACGAAGCUCUGGUCCAACUCAAAAUAACUGGCAUGUAGGAAGA